AUGACAUGUCCUCGUUCACGCUCCCUUUCCAUUCUGUUUCACCAGUUCUAAGCUGUAAGGUUUGCUAACGGCAUAAGAAGGCUCGACCACAAACAAUUGCCGGAGCGUCUUCGUGCCAAGCCUCAGCGUCUCCUUAAUGCCGGGAAUAACGGAUUUCUCCCUGUGAAGAAAAGACUCCACAAAGCUUUGCUCUUUCCUCAUGGCGAAGACCACGUGACAAGGUACAACAAAACCUGGAAGAAUUGCGCCAUUUCACGUGCUGGUGAGUGAAGAAGAGAGAUAGCACGGACAGAGCUGUUGAACGUCAGCACAAGCGCGUUUUCAAAAAAUCUCAACACUGAACACAUGGUGGGUUCAGCUGGAUUUGAGUAGAUUCCAGCAGGGAAAGGAUGGAUACUGCAACGACGGCGUUCAUAUUGAACUGUUAGAAAAACAGAAAUGUAAGAAGACGGACAGCAGUGUUUUUAAGAAAAGAACGCUUUUAUGCCCAAUUAUUUGAAGAUUUUGAGGUCUGAUUUUCCAUUAGAAUCAAAAUGAAUAUUGUACUCGACGUCAACCAGUCUUAUCGACCCAAUGUCUCCUUGAAUGGAUCUAAUUCAAAAUACAGUUUGAACUUAGAAGUACAACGAGAAAUUGCUCUUUACUUCAGCUUGGCUGAACUCUUUUCAGUAUUGUGUCCGAUAAUUUUCGGAUGUUUUUUACUCGUUGGUGUCAUAGGCAAUGGUAUGGUUAUCUACGUGAUCCUGGCCAACAAGUAUCUCCGAACAUGUCCAAAUAUGCUGUUCCUGAACUUGGCCAUAGCGGAUAUGCUCUUUUUGGUUUUCUGCGUUCCCCUUCAGAGCGCUUUCUACAUCAAGCGGUUCGAUUUGACUCUCGGAGAGCCUCUGUGCAAACUAUUCAAAUACACGAUAUUCGUCACCAUGUCCGUCAGUGCGUAUUCUCUCAUGAUCAUUUGUGUGUUCCGGUGCAUUGCAGUAGCCUUUCCCCUGCACGCGUCUCGGAUACUGACCAAACGCUACGCCCUGGUGGCCAGUGCCGCCAUCUGGUUGAGCAUGGCGAUUGUUAACUCGCCAUUAGCUCUGUAUUACACUGAAAGUAAUAAUUCCACAGGAGCCUGCACGAUUACUUACCAUCACAAAGACACCAUCACGUCGAUCACGGUGGGAGUAGACUUCUUACUUCCAAUAGUCAUAUGUUUCGUUGGGACCACAUUUAUUAUCACCGCUCUGCGACGUAACAGAGGCGUCAUACGAGAAAUGGAAAAUGAAACGAUGGAAAGGAUUGAAACAUCGAGACGUAGUACUCGUAAAUUGGUGAUUCUUGUCGUAUCAGUCGCAGUUGUAUUUUUUGUAUUUUGGGCACCGUUUCUCAUCAUUUCUGUUUUGAACGCCCUGCCCAUAGUGGGGACUAUGGAUACAAUUACAAUAUUUGUUGCAAGUGUGACUGCUCAAAUUUUGGCCUUUUCAAACUCGUGCGUCAACCCCAUUAUUUAUAAUUUUGUGUCCACGGACUUUAGGAGAGCGUUCCGAAGGGCCAUACAAUGUCGGUUCAGCCGGAUGCGGCAAUCUCACCAAUCGUCUGCUGAAACAACGCGCAGUGAUAUAUUACUGAGAGAAAGGACUCUAAUUAAGAAAAGCUUCGCCUAAUUAAUCCGCUGCCACCAUAUUUUACCGAAGCCAUGAUAUUAAUGAAAAUAUUCCUAAUGAUUGAUGACUAAAACUCGCAUCACAUGUACCAGUUGAUACCAUUUUCCAAUCAGGCCCAAACUUCUGAGGUCAAAUAAAUUCAGCUCAUCUUAGCGUUAAGAUCACAUUACACACGUUUAGUCAGUUGUUCGUGUUCGUAAUGGUUAAAAGUCAGGUGAGUUCGGAGUGAAAUGUGAGAAUAAAUACAUCUGCGUAGUUGGCAUGAUGUAUGCAUUUUAUCCAUCACUGCCAGAAUUUUUUUUAUUAUAUGUACCCAAUCACCCAGACACAUGACCUCGUAAUCGUGUUGCCCUGGAAACUCAAGCCGUUAGGAAAAUGAUAGUUAUGCUUGAAAUAUGAUCUCAGAAGAAGUUAACAAGGUGAAUCAGUCAGUAAGAAACACACAGGCGGUCGAUAAUGGUUAUUGAAUAUUUAGAACAAACAGUACAUUAUAAUCAUCAUUACUUCGGUCACUUUUCGGAAGCGAUCUCGUUAGGGGGUUGCAAUGACAUUGUAUGCGAGAAAUGAGAUAUUUUGUAAUCAUUUGUAAAACCGUAGAGCUAUGUCGUGAAAUAAUUGUUAUCGUUUUUCUAUCGUAUUAUAGUAUAAAUCAUAUUUAACUGGACAUUCUGAUAAUCGAUUUCGUAACAUGGUCAGGCAACUUGGCAAGCAACGAAAGUUUGGCUGUGAUUUCUGUGAAAUGAGAAUUGAAGAGCCCAACCAUUCUCUGCAAGGGAAAUUGUUCCUUUUCACCAAAGAAGUUAUUGAAAUAUUUAAACGAAAUAAAGUUGUCAAUAAAUUUUACCAUUUGGAAAUGCAUGACGUACAAUGUACAAGCGUUCCUAAUUAGGUGGAGUUGGAACAGUGUCGUAGCACAUGUAAGGCGACAAUUAAGCAAAAUUUAUUAGCCAAACGAAGCCAACAGUAAAUUUAUCCUUGCCAAGAAGAUUUUCUGAUAAGCCAAUUCAUUCAUUUCAAUUUCCAUACAUUUCGCUAGACGUUAUCUGAAACCCACCAAGUUGUGAAAACGGUUCAGGGAGUAUUUUGAGUGGGAAGGAAUCCAUGAGCAAUUCCUCUGAUAAAAUUCUAUGCCCAGUAAGCGCGUAAUUGCGGAGAGAUGAGGCAUAGAAAAUUGCUUUAUCAUCGGUUAGGUCUCUGCCCACUGGGACUAGGGGGUUCAUGAGAAAUUUGUUGAAAAAAAAAACACAUUCUGAAUAAUUACGAGGUAGAUCGAUAAAGCAAGUUUUGCCCGGUGUUCAGAUUAUUUGAAUUUUUAGAUUUGUUCAUUCCUUGAGAAAAAGUUAAGGUGCUCUCCGGGCAAGCUGUCAUAUGUAAAAUCCUUUAAUAAACGAUAUAUAUAUAUUUAUAUUUCUGAAGACAAAUCCUUUAGUCUAAAAAUAGGAAGACAGACAUCCAGCAUGCCUGAAAGUUUCCGAUGGUUCAGAAUGUUACGUGGGUCUAAAAACUGUUUGUGGAACUUCUGUCCUAAAAUAUAUAUAUAACGUUGUUUGGUGAUGAACAUUUGCACUGACAUCAAAUGAACUCGCAAUGGAAAUUAAACUGACCUUAUCUGUCUCCCUGUCUGAUCUGUACGUUAUUAAUCUUUUUUAUUAAUUACCUUCAGGAAGAGCAGGAUUAAUUUACAAUUCACCUAAACUGUAAAAAUUCGAAUUUUUAUAAAGUAUUUAUGUAUGUUUACACUAUCAACUCUCUCUAUCAAUUACAGUAUGGAGGCACUCCAUGAUCAUCAUUGUUAUUAUUAAAAUUGAUUAAUUGCUACACAGGCCUUAGGGCAGUCAUUUUCUAUUGUGUCUGUGAAUAUGCAUUUUGUUAAACUGUUUUGUAACCUGUUUUAAUAAUUUUGUUAUUUUGUUACGAUCACAUGAAUUUCUGGUUUA